CGCUGGCCGCUCUCCGGGGCGGCUGCGCGAACCCCGCCGCCCGGCUGAGGGCCGCCUCCUCGGGGUGCCGCAGGGGCGCAGCCCGGCGGAGGAGCGGUGGAGCGCGCUCCGGCCGGCAGGCAAGGCAGGAGAAGCUCCCCCCGGGGGGGAGGAGGGGCUGGCGCUGGGUGCCCGGCUGCCGGGCGCGGGGAGCGGAGAGAUGGCGGCGGGGAGAGCCCGGCGGCUCCUCGGUUCCCUCUGGAUCGCCCUUCUCCUCGGGCAGCCGGACCCGGCCGCCGCUGCCGCUCGGAGCGGCUCCCAAAGCCUUCUCACAGGACCCCUCGUGAGGACCUUCACUCCUUUUUAUUUCCUGGUGGAGCCGACGGACAUUCUGUCGGUUCGCGGGGCUUCUGUGGUGCUGAAUUGCUCCGCUUACUGCGAGCCUGCCCCCAGGGUUGAGUGGAAGAAGGAUGGGACCUUCCUCAACUUGGUGUCGGAUGACCGCCGCCAGCUGCUGCCCGAUGGCUCUUUGUUCAUCAGCAGCGUGGUGCAUUCCAAGCACAACAAACCUGAUGAGGGACAUUACCAGUGCGUGGCAACUGUCGACAACCUGGGCACCAUCGUCAGCCGCACAGCCAAGCUCACAGUAGCAGGCCUUCCCAGGUUCACCAGUCAGCCAGAGUCGUCAUCCGUCUACAGGGGGAGCAGUGCGAUCCUCAGCUGCGAGGUCAACGCGGACCUGGCUCCGUUCGUGCGGUGGGAGCAGGAGCGCCGGCCGCUGCCCCUGGACGAGCGCCGCCUGAAGCUGCCCAGCGGCGCCCUGCUGCUCAGCAACGCCAGCGACGCCGACGCCGGCCUCUACCGCUGCCUCAUCGAGAGCGGCGGCGCCCCCAAGUACAGCGAGGAGGCAGAGCUCACCGUCCUGCCAGAUCCCGAGGUGCCGCAGAGCUUGGUGUUCACGAAGCAGCCCUCUUCCCUCACCAAAGUCACUGGGCAGACUGCAGUGUUCCCUUGUGUGGCUGUAGGAUUUCCAACCCCUUCUAUCAGGUGGACAAGAAAUGAAGAAGAGCUUAUCACAGAAGGCCAUGAAAGGCUUCUGCUGCUGGCGGGAGGCAGCCUGGCGAUCAGCGAGGUGGCGGAGGAGGACGCUGGGACCUACACCUGCAUAGCAGAGAAUGGAAAUGAGACUAUCACAGCUCAGGCAGAGCUUGCAGUUCAAGCUCCCCCGGCGUUCCUGAGGCGGCCUGCCGACCUGUACGCCCACGAGUCCAUGGACAUCGUCUUCGAGUGCGAGGUGACUGGGAAGCCAACUCCCACCGUCAAGUGGCUCAAGAACGGAGACGUGGUGAUCCCAAGCGACUACUUCAAGAUUGUUAAAGAACAUAAUCUGCAAGUUUUGGGUCUGGUGAAAUCAGAUGAAGGAUUCUAUCAGUGCAUUGCAGAAAAUGAUGUUGGAAAUGCACAGGCUGGAGCCCAGCUGAUAAUCCUUGACGUCGCACCAGCUACAACAGGACCACUGCCUUCAGCCCCACGGGACGUCGUGGCCACCCUCGUCUCCACUCGCUUCAUCAGGCUGACGUGGCGGACGCCUGUGUCGGACCCUCAAGGAGACAACCUCACCUACUCAAUCUUCUACACCAAGGAAGGUAUAAACAGGGAACGUGUUGAGAACACGAGCCGUGCUGGGGAGACGCAGGUGAUGAUCCAAAACCUGAUGCCAGAAACAGUUUACACCUUCCGGGUGGUGGCGCAGAACAAGCACGGCCCCGGCGAGAGCUCCGCGCCGCUCAAGGUGGCGACGCAGCCCGAGGUUCAGCUUCCUGGGCCAGCACCCAACAUCCGAGCCUAUGCCAGCUCCCCCACCUCUGUCACGGUCACCUGGGAGACGCCGCUCUCCGGCAACGGCGAGAUCCAGAACUACAAACUCUACUACAUGGAGAAGGGGCAGGACACUGAGCAGGAUGUUGAUGUGGGAGGGCUCUCCUACACCAUCAAUGGCUUAAAGAAGUACACAGAGUACAGCUUCCGAGUGGUGGCUUACAACAAGCACGGCCCUGGAGUCUCCACGCAGGACGUCGCGGUGCGGACGCUCUCUGACGUGCCCAGUGCCGCCCCGCAGAAUCUCACCCUGGAGGUGCGGAAUUCCAAGAGCAUCAUGCUGCACUGGCAGCCUCCUCCUGCAGGGACCCACAGCGGGCAGAUCACCGGCUACAAGAUUCGCUACCGCAAAGUGUCGCGCAAGAGCGACGUGACGGAGAGCAUCGGCGGCACCCAGCUCUUCCAGCUCAUCGAAGGUCUGGAACGAGGUACAGAGUACAGCUUCCGAGUAGCUGCCAUGACUGUGAAUGGGACCGGACCAGCUACCGACUGGGUGUCAGCAGAGACAUUUGAGAGCGACCUGGAUGAAACUCGGGUUCCUGAGGUGCCAAGUUCCCUGCACGUCCGACCCCUCGUCACCAGUAUCGUAGUGAGCUGGACCCCACCUGAGAACCAGAACAUUGUGGUGAGAGGCUAUGCCAUUGGCUAUGGCAUUGGCAGCCCUCAUGCCCAGACCAUCAAGGUGGACUAUAAGCAGAGGUACUACACCAUUGAAAACUUAGACCCCAGCUCCCACUACGUGAUAACCCUGAAAGCUUUCAACAACGUCGGGGAAGGGAUCCCUCUGUACGAGAGUGCUGUGACCAGACCCCACUCAGACGCUUCCGAGGUUGAUUUGUUUGUUAUUAAUGCUCCAUACACUCCAGUGCCAGAUCCCUCUCCCAUGAUGCCACCAGUGGGAGUUCAGGCUUCCAUCCUGAGCCACGACACCAUCCGGAUCACUUGGGCAGACAACUCUCUGCCGAAGAACCAGAAGAUCACGGACGCUCGCUACUACACCGUGCGCUGGAAAACCAACAUCCCUGCCAACACCAAGUACAAGACUGCAAAUGCCACCACGCUGAGCUACUUGGUGACGGGGCUGAAGCCAAACACCUUGUACGAGUUCUCGGUGAUGGUGACCAAGGGUCGGCGAUCCAGCACCUGGAGCAUGACAGCACAUGGAACCACCUUUGAAUUAGGUCCUACUUCUCCUCCUAAGGAUGUGACAGUGGUGAGCAAAGAGGGGAAACCUCGGACCAUAAUCGUCAACUGGCAGCCUCCGUCCGAAGCCAAUGGCAAAAUUACAGGAUACAUCAUUUACUACAGCACGGAUGUGAAUGCUGAAAUACAUGACUGGGUCAUUGAACCUGUUGUGGGGAACAGGCUGACCCAUCAGAUCCAAGAGCUGACCCUCGAUACCCCCUACUACUUCAAAAUCCAGGCUCGCAACUCCAAGGGCAUGGGGCCCAUGUCUGAGGCGGUGCAGUUCAGAACCCCAAAAGCUGAAUCCUCAGAUAAAAUGCCCAAUGAUCAAGCCUCGGGAGCCGCGGGGAAGGGGAAUCGCGCCACGGACAUAGGAGCAGACUACAAACCUCCUCUGGGUGGCAGCAACAGUCCCCAUGGAAGUCCUACUUCUCCCCUGGACAGCAACAUGCUCCUUGUGAUCAUAGUGUCUGUUGGAGUGAUCACCAUUGUGAUCGUGGUGAUAGUUGCUGUCUUCUGCACUCGCCGGACAACUUCUCACCAGAAAAAGAAACGAGCUGCCUGCAAAUCGGUGAACGGCUCCCACAAGUACAAAGGCAACUCCAAAGAUGUCAAACCUCCUGACCUUUGGAUCCAUCAUGAAAGACUGGAGCUGAAACCCAUCGACAAGUCUCCGGAUCCCAAUCCCAUCAUGACAGACACCCCGAUCCCUCGCAACUCCCAGGACAUCACCCCCGUGGAUAACUCCAUGGACAGCAACAUCCAUCAGAGGCGGAACUCCUACAGAGGGCAUGAGUCAGAGGAUAGCAUGUCCACCCUGGCAGGAAGAAGGGGGAUGAGACCCAAGAUGAUGAUGCCUUUUGAUUCCCAACCACCUCAGCAGUCGGUCCGGAACACGCCGAGCACGGACACCAUGCCGGCUUCCUCCUCUCAGACCUGUGCUGACCACCAGGAUCCCGAGAGCACCGCAGGCUCUUACCUGGCCAAUGCACAGGAGGAGGACACGGCUCAGAACCUGCCCACGGCCCACGUCCGUCCUUCCCACCCGCUGAAGAGCUUUGCGGUGCCGGCAGUGCCGCCGGCAGGCUCCACCUACGACCCGGCCCUGCCCAGCACACCGCUGCUGACUCAGCAAGCUCCUAACCACCCAGUUCACUCGGUGAAGACGGCGUCGAUCGGGACUUUGGGCAGAACUCGCCCUCCAAUGCCAGUGGUAGUUCCCAGUGCCCCUGAUGUGCAGGAGACCACCAGGAUGCUGGAGGACUCAGAAAGCAGCUACGAGCCUGACGAGCUGACCAAAGAGAUGGCCCACCUGGAAGGACUGAUGAAGGACCUUAAUGCCAUCACUACAGCAUGACCACCUUGCACCAGGACAUGACUCCAGUUUCACAAGUCUUGGGACUCAGCCUUGGAACACAAGGAAUUGUACAGAGGUAACACAAA